CAUGUGGACUUCAUGGAUCCACCUCUGAAAAACUUCUCCUUUCUUCAAAUCCCACGCCUCCUCUCCCUUCCCCCCAACUUUUCCCACUUUUCCAUUGUAUAAAUCAUACUUUAAUCACUGAUUUAGUAACCACUUGCUUCAAGUUCCAGUCUUUGCUUCCUAGUGAACAUGAAUCUCCAUUGCUCUUUUUACAACUAGUUGUAGCAGUUCUUUGAGUGUUAUCUGUUGUAAGGACUGCGGGGCAGUGGUUAUUAGUUUGAGUUCUGUGGAAAAGAUGCUAUCUUUGACUAGCCCAAGCUUGGAUCUUGGGCAGAGGGGAUUGGAAAUGGCUUUUUGUAGUUGUUCUUCCAAUUGGAGGUGUUUGAAGGCUUGCAAAAGGUUGGUGAUGUCCAGACGCCGACAAGCUGUUCGAUGCCGGGUCUCUGCUGCGCAGACGCAGCCAGUUGAUGUUCGGAGUUCAGGGGCUGUGGUUAGCACUAAAACUUCAGAGCCUGGGAGAAUUCCCAUUUCGGUGUUGUCCUUAUUGGAAGUGGUUGCAGAUGACUUGCGAACUCUGAACAAUAAUCUCAAAUCUAUUGUUGGCGCAGAAGAUCCUGUUUUAAUAUCUGCAGCAGAACAAAUAUUUAGUGCUGGUGGAAAGAGGAUGAGACCAGCUUUAGUUUUCCUAGUUUCCUGGUCAACAGCUCAAAUUGCGGGUUUGAACGAGCUAACUACACGACAUCGACGAUUAGCAGAGAUCAUUGAGAUGAUUCAUACUGCAAGUUUGAUACAUGAUGACGUGCUUGAUGAUAGUGGAAUGCGAAGAGGAAAAGAAACAAUUCAUCAACUCUAUGGGACAAGGGUGGCAGUUCUAGCGGGAGAUUUCAUGUUUGCACAAUCUUCCUGGUUUCUAGCAAACCUUGAAAACAUUGAAGUUAUAAAACUAAUCAGCCAAGUCAUCAAGGAUUUUGCGAGUGGUGAAAUCAAGCAAGCAUCAAGCCUUUUUGAUUGUGAUGUCACGCUCGAAGAAUACUUGAUGAAGAGCUACUACAAAACGGCAUCCUUAAUUGCAGCGAGCACAAAGUCUGCUGCUAUAUUUAGUGGUGUUAACAGCAGCGUUUGUGAUCAGAUGUACGAAUACGGAAGGAACCUCGGCUUAUCAUUCCAGAUCGUCGAUGACAUUCUGGACUUCACACAAUCAGCUGAACAACUAGGAAAACCUGCUGCUAGUGACCUGGUGAAGGGAAACCUGACUGCUCCGGUCAUUUUUGCUCUCGAAAAAGAACCGAAACUGAGAGAUAUCAUUGACACUGAAUUCACCGAAGAUGGUUCUUUGGAGAAGGCAAUAGAAAUCAUCCAUAAAUGCGGGGGCAUCGACAGAGCACGAGAUCUUGCAAAAGAGAAAGCUGUCUUGGCAAUACAAAAUCUUCAAUGUCUUACUCCAAGCAAAUUCAGAUCGUCACUCGAAGGAAUGGUGAUGUACAACCUCGAAAGGAUCGCCUAGAAAUGUUACUGUGAGUUGAAGGCUAAAGUAUCACGACCGACACAGUAGCAAAGCGUAGAAGGAAAACACAGAUAAAAAAAAAAUGUUAUCGACACACAAUGUUACAUUGUAUUUGCCACCUUAUUACAAGUAGGCUGGACAGAAAUGUUCUCAUAAUAAAAUCCAUAAUUUUUAAUUAUCA